UGACCCAACAGGAAAAGACCCCCCUGCCUCGGUCUAGCCUGCUGGAGGCAGGUGAUGGCUGUGAAGAGCCAAAACAGCAGAUGUCUUGGGAGCAGGAGUUCCUGGUGGGGAACAGCCCAGGAGGCAGCGGGCGGACUCUAUGUAUGGUGUGUGGGGCCGAGAUCCGGUCUCCCUCAGCAGACACCGCUCGCGCACACAUUCUGGAGGAGCAUCCCCACACCCUGGACCUGAGCCCCUCAGAGAAGAGCAACAUCCUGGAAGCCUGGAGUGAGGGGGUGGCUCUUUUGCAAGACAGCAAUGCUGAACAGCCGUCUCCACCGGUUUCAGAGUCAGGCCGCGAUGUUGAGCCAGACCCCAGCUCCAACCCAGACCCUGCUGGGACGCCAGCAGAGAUCGUGGUCCUACUGGACUUGGAGGACAACCCAUCCCUUCCUAAAAGGAUCCGGCCCCGGGGACUCCGCCCCCUCGAGCUGCCUGCUACCCCUGCCACAGAGCUAGGAAGUAAGAAGCCUCGUGGCCAGAGAUGGAAAGAGCCCCUUGGGGAAGAGCCUGUCAGAAAGAAGAGAGGCAGGCCUAUGACCAAAAAUUUGGACCCUGAUCCUGAUCCUGACCCUGACCCAGAACCCCUUUCGCCUGACUCACCCACAGAGACGUUUGCAGCACCAGCCGAGGUCCGACACUUCACUGAUGGCAGCUUCCCCCCUGGCUUCGUCCUCCAGCUUUUCUCUCAUACCCAGCUUAAGGGUGCAGACAGCAAGGACUUGCCUCAAGAGGGCAAAGCAGCAGCAGAAGGCCAGGCCCAGACAGAAAGCCCCUCUCCAGGGUCCAGAAGGGAUCUUCAAGCAAAACUCAGUGUUUUGGCAGGGCUGUGUUCUUUUUUGGGGGGUACCAGGAAUCGAACUCAGGACCUCAAGCUUGCCAGCUCCCCCUUCGGGGCUCCGCGGGACACUGGAUCUCCAGGUUAUCCGCGUGCGGAUGGAGGAGCCCCCAGCGGUCAGCCUCUUGCAAGAGUGGUCCAAGCACCCCCAGGGCAUCAAGGGAGUGGGUGCAGGUGACACGCCGAAGUGGCCAGCAGUUCUGUCAGAAUCCAGCACCACCCUAGGGGGACAGCCGGAGGCAGGCAGUGGGCUAUAAGUUCUUGCUUUCCUGGGGAGGGAGGGGUGGGCAGGAGAGAGGAGGCAGCAUCCCCCUUUGGCUUGUAACUCGGAGCUGCUGGCUUGGCCACCCGACAGUGACAGUUUGAAAACCUAUGUCAAGGCAGGGUAGAGGGGUGGGGUACUGGAGAAUGUCUGUCCGACCAGACCUGAGGUAGGCUGGUGGCUGAGGCUACGUGGUAGGGCAUUGAGCCUGUGGAGAACACCUACCCCAAUCCUUGGCUGACCCAGACCUCUUUGUCCCCCACACCUCCCACCCUCUGAGCUCCCCACCAUUCUCCCCUGGCACAGUGCCUUACAGAGGUGGUCAUGACGGGGUCUGAAUUGAGUCCCACUACCUCGGGGGACACCUCUCCUCCCCCACUUGUUCAGGCUUCUACACCAGAAGCCUCCAUUACCUCUUCCCACUCCAUCCCUGCCGAGGGCUCCAUUCACCUCCAUGCUCCCUUUCACCUGUUUUCCUGUUGUAUAUAUUACCUUUGUUGACAAUAAAUUAUUUUUUUUUAUUAAGAGA